CCGCUAGAAACCUAGGGCAGUCGCCAUGGACGAAUCCGCAAUCAAAGGUGUGGAAGGUCUGGAAUUGAACGGUAGUGAUGCAGCGAUUCGAAAAAGCAGCAGCAUUAGAAGGAUUGCGGUUGAGGGAUACGAUAGCUCCUCUCGUAAGAAUGUUGUUGAAGAGGGCCUGAGAAAACACUUCGCAUCACGUGGAAUAAAGCUAAUACAUGCUUCUGCUCACGAACUCGACUACCGUGGUACUAUUCUCUGCAGAUUCGCGUUAAUCUAUGUUAACGAAGAAGAUGGAGAAAAGGCGUUGAAGCUUGAUGGAAGUGACAUGGGAGCAAUGGCGGAGCCAAACGAAAGUUUUACCAGAGGCAGUUAAAAUUUAUCUUCAAUUUAUAGGGGGUAGUAGAAAAAAAAUCACAACUAAAAUCAUAUAAUUCUCAAAUAAACAAUGGAAAAGUAAUUAUUUCAGUA